CCUCUACCUUUAUCGUUGUCAAGAUAAUUUCCCUCUCCCACCUCUGUGUCUCUCUUUCCGGCUGCCGCUAGAGAACCAGGAAGUAAAGAGAAAAGGGGGGAGAAAAGAAAUACCCAGCAGCUGAGGAAAACAAGGAAGUGAAUGCAGCCAGAGCUUCAGCUGUGAAGUGAAAGUAGAGCAGGCUAGAGCACAACAGACCAGGGCAGUUGGCAUAAGGAAGUGCUAGCUAGCUAACGUCAACACUGGUAGUGCUCUCCCCAGCAGAGAGUGAAACGAAGAGCGACAGAAAGAGAACGAGACUGCAGAGCCUGCCUCACAGAAAUACCAGCAGGUGUGCUGCUCUUAGCCCCCUAUUCAGCCUACUCAUACCCACCACAAUGACAGACCAAGGGGAACCCUGGAGAGGAAGUGGAGAACCUGAGGAGGAGGAGUUACCACAGAUGGAUGGGUCAUGUGACGCUUGUGAGCCUGAUGAGGCCCAGCAGGCAACCCAGGUGUGUUACACCUGCAGCUUCGCCUUCUGCUCUACCCACGCUGAGAAACAUGUCCACAGCACACGACACCUACUGACGCCCUACGGCCAGGAAGUGGAGCAACCCCAGCCCCGGUCCCAACAGCCGGCCAGGGACAGAGACACAGAGGAGGGGGAGGAAAGGGUUCGAGAGAUUGGGCGUAGGGCAGAGCAAGAGGUGGUGGAAAAUGGGGCAUGUGGUGGGACUGGGGUACAAGAGAACGAGGCGUGUGGAGGAGAGAGAGUCCAGGGGGAGGGGAAAGUUGAUGAUGAAGAUGAUGGUGAUGAAGAGGCGGUGGCAGCCCCAGAGGGGGGUAGUAAGAGGGAGACGGUGACAGUGGAGAGGCUGCGCUGUAAUGAGCAUGGCCAGGAGGGUACUCUUUACUGCAAGACUAACGAGAAGGUCAUCUGUGUGGUGUGUGCCGUGCAGGGGGAGCACCGCGAGCAUGAGAUCAUCACCUUGCGCGAGGCCUACAUCUGGCAGAAGAGCAGGGAGGGUUAUGACCUGCUGGGCUGCACACAGAACAUGGCUGACCAUAUCAAGACCAAGUGGACCAACCCUGAGAUGUCUACAGAGCAGUUGGAGGCGUAUGUCAACAGUCAGUUUGAUGAGCUCCACCGGCUAGUUCGUCUGGAGGAGAAGAGGACCCUCCACCUAGUGGACCUGAAGGAAGCCUUCCUGACCGCCGCCGCCGCCGAGAAGAUCGCUGAGAUCACCGUCCACACCGAGCGGCUCCAGGAAGAGAUGGCCUGCAUCACGCAGCAGCUGUGCCAGCUGGACCAGGCCGAGGCACAGCCUGGAGCCGGAGUAGCUGCCCUAGCCCAGGGAGGACCAUGCCCCAGACCAGCGCGUGACAUUGAGGCCAGACCAAGACUCCCAGAGCCGAGACGAGACCCUCAGGACCCCAGGGACUAUGGAGAGGGUGGGUCCAGAUCCUCAAUGGGACACGCCCCCUGACACCAGCUGCCCAAUCACAGAUCACUUCCCACUCCUCUCUCUCCUCCUACUUCUGUCCAGGAGACCAACAAAACCAGAGAGAUUCUCCUCUCCAUGUCUGACGACAAUGGAGUGAGAAUGAAGAAGGCUGUAACAAAAUGGAUGGCUCUUUCUUUCUGCUUCCAGAACUUUUAAAACUCUACUAAGUCUUUUUUAAUUGAGGUUCAUGAGUCGAUUGCAAUCUAUUACCGUCAGGCAAAAUUUUCACACUCAAUCAGAUCCUUGUCUGGUGAGCUGUGCUCAGUGAGGAGUGUAGGUAGAAAAUCUGAGGAUGUCAGGAUUGGAACAUGAAAUUCUGAAUGUGACACGCUGUGCUUUACAUUCAUUUCUUCUAUGUAUUUAGUAAUGACAAGCAGCAUUGUCCAAAAAAAAGCUAAGCAAAAUAAGUUGACAGAACACCUUAGAUCAGAGGAGGAAUAUAGAAUGUACAGGACAAGGUAGGUGCUCUUGUUUUAUACUCUGAAGGGAAAUAUAUCACAAGUGUCUUAAAUCUGCCUUGACGUAUAAACACAACUGCUCUCCUCUUCUCUUGUUUGUCCUCACCUUCAAAUUCUCUCCCCUCCUUCCUCUUGUGUGUGUGUUUGUCAGAUCCAUCAUCAGAUGAUGCGUUGACACAUAUUGAUUUCUGAGAGCUGCUGCGUACAUGUUACGGGAAAUCGAAGUGUAUGUAAUAGCUCUCUGUGCAGUGUCAGCGUUCUCUGUAAUACUAUGCCUCAUUACCCGAGACAAUCUGCAGUGUACAACAGUCCUGACUCCUGACGACUAACUGCACACAGUACUUUGUCUUACUCCAUCAUGUCAUUCAAUAAUCACAUACAGAAGGUAUAUUUUUGUUUUUGAUGCGGUCUAUUUUGUCUUAAAGGAGAGAGUAACCUUUAACCUAAUCAAUAUGAUUGGGUUUGUGACCAGGACCAAGCCCUACCCAAUGGAUCAUGUUAUUUUGUAGCAGUCAUGAAAUGAUUAAUAGAAAGAUAUAUUUUGUAGCAGUCAUGAAAUGAUUAAUAUAAAGAUAUAUAUAUCUUUCUAUUAAUCAUUUCAUGACUGCUACAAAAUAAGUAAUAUAUAUACUACAUGACCAAAAGUAUGUGGACACCUGCUCGUCGAACAUCUCAUUCCAAAAUCAUGGGCAUUAAUAUGGAGUUGGUCCCCCCUUUUGCUGAUAAAACAGCCUCCACUCUUCUGGUGUUGGAACAUUGCUGCGGGGAUUUGCUUACAUUCAGCCACAAUAGAAUUAGUGAUGUUGGGCGAUUAGGCCUGGCUCGCAGUCAGCGUUCCAAUUCAUCCCAAAGGUGUUCAAAGGGAUUGAGAUCAGGACUCUGUGCAGGCCAGUCUAGUUCUUCCACACCAAUCUCGUCAAACCAUUUCUGUAUGGACCUCGCUUUGUGCACAGGGGAAUUAUCAUGCUGAAACAGGAAAGGGCCUUCCCCAAACUGUUGCCACAAAGUUGGAAGCACAGAAUCGUCUAGAAUGUCAUUGUAUGCUAUAGCGUUAAGAUUUCCCUUCACUGGACUAAGGGGCCUAGCCCAAACCAUGAAAAACAGCCCCAGACCUCCUCCACCAAACUUUACAGUUGGCACGAUGCAUUGGGGGAGGUAGCGUUCUCCUGGCCUCCUCCAAACCCAGAUUCGUCCGUCGGAGUGCCUGAUGGUGAAGAGUGAUUCAUCACUCCAGAGAAUGCAUUUCCACUGCUCCAGAGUCCAAUGGCGGCAGGCUUUACACCACUAGCCAAUGCUUGACAUUGUGCAUGGUGAUCUUAGGCUUAUGUGUGCGGCUGCUUGGCCAUGGAAAACCAUUUCAUGAAGCUACCUACAACCAGUUCUUGGGCUGACAUUGCUUACAGAGGCAGCAAUAGGCGGUCCCGUUCUGUGAGCCCCGUUCACUUCGCGGUUGAGCCCUUGUUGCUUCUAGAUGUUUCCACUUCACAGCAACAGCACUUACACUUGACCGGGGCAGCUCUAGCAGGGCAGAAAUUUGACAAACUGACUUGUUGGAAAGGUGGCAUUCCAUGACGGUGCCACGUUAAAAAUCACUGAGCUCUUCAGUAUAGGCAACGGGUGUGGCUAAAAUAGCCAAAUCCACUAAUUUGAAGGGCUGUCCACAUACUUUUGUAUAUAUAAUGUGUGUGUGUGUGUAUUUAUGUAUAUAUAUACACACUGCUCAAAAAAAUUAAGGGAACACUAAAAUAACACAUCCUAGAUCUGAAUGAAUGAAAUAUUCUUAUUAAAUACUUUUUUCUUUACAUAGUUGAAUGUGCUGACAACAAAAUCACACAAAAAUUAUCAAUCGAAAUCAAAUGUAUCAACCCAUGGAGGUCUGGAUUUGGAGUCACACUCAAAAUUAAAGUGGAAAACCACACUACAGGCUGAUCCAACUUUGAUGUAACAGACACAGCAAACCUUCUUGCCACAGCUCGCAUUGAUGUGCCAUCCUGGAUGAGCUGCACUACCUGAGCCACUUGUGUGGGUUGUAGACUCCGUCUCAUGCUACCACUAGAGUGAAAGCACCGCCAGCAUUCAAAAGUGACCAAAACAUCAGCCAGGAAGCAUAGGAACUGAGAAGUGGUCUGUGGUCACCACCUGCAGAACCACUCCUUUAUUGGGGGUGUCUUGCUAAUUGCCUAUAAUUUCCACCUGUUGUCUAUUCCAUUUGCACAACAGCAUGUGAAAUUUAUUGUCAAUCAGUGUUGCUUCCUAAGUGGACAGUUUGAUUUCACAGAAGUGUGAUUGACUUGGAGUUACAUUGUGUUGUUUAAGUGUUCCCUUUUUUUUUGAACAGUGUAUAUAUAUAUGUAUAUGUAUAUGUUUUGAUUCAGCAAUCAUGGUACGGGUAAAGGUAAAUAGUCAGGAUAUGAAAUUGUUUCUUUUUGCUGUUGCCUUGAAUUAAUAAAUAAAUGAAAUGACAGAUAA